CAGUAAGCUUUUUACCGCUUACAACGUGGCCGUAGUGCUGAGAAGAACAUGACACGAGACUCCAUCUUCCACUGUGAAACAGGCUCCACACUCUGCGAGAGAGAGAAGAUGCGUAUAGCACUUGAGAAAUCACUGGGAUAGAAUUAACCGUUGCACCCUCUUUUCCGUUCUCGUCAUAGCUGGCCGAAAAGAGCGGCCGUAAGGACACCGAAAGCCCGAAAGCCCCCGUCCCUACUACAUGUAGUAAUCCUCGCUUACCGGCCUACCAUUCAGCCUAUUUCAGCUUGCAAGAAGGCAGAUCAUUGAUAACGGGAACAGAGAAAAGGCGCGCGGUUCGCCCGCGUGCAGGACCGUACAUACAGUAGCCCAUGUACACCAGUGUACUACGAGUACCCUCAGCCUCUCUCGCUCCCUCGCACGACCUUGCUUUCGGGUCCAAGCCACCAAUAUAUGCCCGCGCUAGUCCUGCAUACGUGGGUGAUGUUGAUCUCCAAAUAAUUCACCACAUUGGAUGGGCUUUUACAUGCAGUCAUCGGGUUAAUACGAAAGAGAAACCAGGCAACAGAGGGACGCUUGUGAGAGGAAAGGGUAAAAAGUACAGCAUCACCACCGCCGACCACCACAGCGUUUACUUUUUUGGAAAUGGUUGGAUUACGUGGCGGCGGGCUUCUUCCCACUUCAGCGGUGAGAAGCGUGUUAACAAUUGAUGAUGUAUGCUUCAACGAAUCCACAAUCGUACUGCAAGUGAAGUUUAUAUCUUUUUUGUCGCUUACUCUCGUUUUCUGUGGAGUCUUGAAUGAAGCACAAUGGUGUGGCCAGGUUUGUUUGGUGGACUGGGGUGCAUACCAAAUGCGAAGACCAACAAAAAAAAAAUUGAGCUGUGGCUUGACAUUUGCACCU